AUGGAGGUUACGUUGCUAGCAAAUAAUUUUUUCAUGGUAACGUUUCUUUGUAUGGCUGAUCGGAAUAGGGUUUUUGAGGGUGGACCCUAUUUUUAUAACCAGGUGGGGCUAUUCGUCAAACCAUGGCAUGCAGGAUUUAAUCCUUCUGAGGAGCUUCCAAAUCGGGUUCCGGUGUGGGUUCGGUUACCUAGAUUUCCUAUAGAAUGUUGUCGCCAGGAUGUUCUCCAUAUGCUUGCAUCGAUGCUCGGGAAGCCGGUGGGUCCUUCAUCACAAACCUUGGGUAAGAAAGUUAUGACCUUUGCUCGAAUUUGUGUGGAACUGGAUUUGAGUAGAGCACUGCCUGAUGCGGUAGAGAUGUGUGUGGGCUCAUAUUCCUGGGUGCAACAACUGGACUAUGAGACCCUUCCUUUUCGAUGCCAUCUAUGUCAUGAAUAUGGCCAUCUUGUGAGAAGAUGCCCAAAGGCCAAGUCAGUGGAACAGCAAACUUCGCCUCCUCCUCGUGAUAAUCCUAGUGUGGACAAAGGGAAGAAGCCUGUUGUUGGGGAGGAUAAAGAUGUUGAGGGCCUUGUUCGGGUUAAGGCUUGUAAUCAGAACAGAGGCCAGAAGCGGACUCUAAGGGAGCGUCAGGAAGAAGAUACCUUUAACAGGUUCGAGAUCUUGGAUGAAUUGGGUCAGCCAGAAGUUAAUCCUGGAGUAAUUAUUGAGGAUGAACAGGCAGGGGAUUCUAGAAUGGGGACUAUUUCUUCCAUUCCUCCUGUUGAUUCCCAUGAAGAGACUACUGUGCCUAUGGUCACGGAUGGGCAAACAGGGGUUCAGAUGAUAUUAGAGCCAAAUGGUGAGUUGGGGCAAGGGGUAGAGAAUGUUUCUAUUCCUGCACAGACUGCAGCUCCAGAGUCGGAUAAGCGAGGUAAAUCUUCUCCUCAUCUGGGCAUUCUCCAAAAAGAUGGUAAGAAGGGGGUCUCAGAGAAAAAUGUUAAAUUGGGACGAAAGAAGGACUUAGAAAAGAUCAAGAUGAUUGGGGAGACAUUGGUGGAGUCAGGUUCUGUGAAGACCUUGGAUUCCCACUUUUCGACUCCUUCGAAAUGA